AUGUCGGGCGCACACAGUCUGAGCGCUAUCUUGGCCCAGCACGGGUUCAAACAGGACCUGGAUGCCAUGCUGGAUCGCAGCCCAGAGGCUGCCACCACACCCAGUGGUUCUAUCGUCCCGAAUCCGAGCCCUACCAACCCCUUGCCGAAGCGCGCUGGCCCUUCCCCUGGGUCAUCGGCAGAGAAGACCGCCAAGCCAGCGCCAGCGCCUGUGCAGGGUGGGAGUGAUAAGAAGAAAACUCUGUCUUCUGAAGCUAUCAGUGGUCUGAAAGGUCAGAUCGCAGAAGGUCUGCAACAGGUGAAUCAGAACAAGAAAGACUCUAGGAAAGCCAACCAAAGUGCAGCAAAAGCAGCGGCUCAAGCACUAAGUGCAUCAUUGCCAACUCGUUGUACUGGUGUUCCAAAGGAGUCCAAGGGGAAAGGAACCGAGGUAACCAAGGUGAAAGGAGCCAGGGCCAAGGAUGCAAAGCCAAAGCGAAAGAUGCGCAAGCCUGCUGCCGCUCCAAAGCGCAAAUCCAAAGCGAAGGAGGUCGAGGAACCCGAGGAGGUCCCAGAGGAGGUUGAGUCGGAGAACGCCUUGGAUUCUGAAGAGGAGCUGUCAAGUGGUGGUGGAAACUCUCCCACUUUGCGUUUGGGGGAAUCGCCUCCACCUAAGAAGGGGAAGAAGACUCAGAAUACCAAGAAGCCAGAGCCUACUCCAAAGGAUGCGGGUGAGGGUGAGGCUGAGGAAGCAGCAGCUGGAACUAUGCGGGAUUUGUUUUGGCAGGUGGUUCACCAGAAACAGCGAGAAAUCAAGCGUGACAACCCAGAGCUUUCAGCAAGAGAAGUGUUGAAAUUGGCCAAAAUGGCGUGGCACGACCAUCCUAUGCGCUUGAAUUGCAUCAAGAACAUGACCCCAAAUGAGCGGAGCAAGCGUGCUUUGACAGACUCAGGGUCAAGCAAAAGGGACCCAGUGCCAAGCAAAAGGUCGGCUCAGUCUGCGGCCAAGGCGCCGCGCAAGACUAAGAGUGCUGAGAAGGCCUGA